CAUGAAAAAUGUUGCUUUAAUUAUUAGUAACAAGCUAUUUAUGAAGGCAGUGUGGGGGCCUAAAGAUUUGUGAACGUUGUAAGAGACCUUGCCACAUCCCGACAUUGACUCAUCUGCUGUUUGUCACUGAGAGCUUUCCCAUUACAUCUUUUCUAGAUAAAUAUGAAUAACUACGACCAACAGAUGGAUCUUUCUGGCAAGUUAAUUAUCAAAGUGCAAUUAGGAGAUGAUAUUCGUCGAAUCCCAAUUCACAAUGUGGACAUUACAUAUGACGAAUUAGUUCUAAUGAUGCAGCGAGUGUAUCGAGGAAAGCUAGCCACAAAUGAUGAUAUUACAAUCAAAUACAAAGAUGAAGAUGGAGAUUUGAUAACAAUAUUUGACAGCUCUGACCUUUCAUUUGCAAUUCAGUGUAGCCGGAUACUGAAGCUCACAUUAUUUGUAAAUGGAUUACCACGACAUUUGGAAAGUGAUGAAGUCAAAUAUAUUCGUCGGGAGCUCAAAGAUUUACGAAACAGAAUUAAUCAACUUCUUGAUGUACUAGAACCACCUGGAGUAUACUCAGAUGAUGGAGAAACCUCUUCUUUAAGAAAUGGUGAAACAAAUGGCAAACGACAAACAAGUAUCAAAUGUGGAUUACCAGCCAAUGCUGCACAUAGCAAGGAAUUCGAUCCACUGUCUUCUCAAAGGGCUGUGGAAGAAAACACACAAAAUAAAGUAAUGUCUUCUUUUGGUCUUUCCACUGAUGGGCCCACACCAAAUGAAAGCUCUGCUCAGACACCAGUGCCAACUGCCAUCACUGCUCCGGAUCGUCCCGGAAGCCCAGACAGUGUAUCAAGUAUUAGUUCUUCGGCAAGCAACCAAUAUCAUUUACAACAGCGCCAGCAACUUUCACAUCAGCAACCUACUCCCUCACCCAUCCCAGCACCAGGUCUUUCUCUUAAUCAGCAAAUACCUGCUAGCAAUGUUGCUGGCCACCCACAGUAUCAUGUAAACCCACAAGCACAGCGAACAGUUAAUGUUGGUCCUCUUCAACCAGGCCAGCAGAUGACUCCAACAAUGAGAUAUCCAGCUCCCCAAACAUUCCCACCUAAUACUGGAGUGCAUCAACCAGGUUAUCAAGCACAGCAAUCAACCCAACAACUGCAACCUUCACAACCACAGCAACAACAACAACAACAACAACAGCAACAACUACCACCACAGCAGCAGUUUUCUGGACCAACGAUGCCAGGACAGCAAUUUCCCCAACAGCAACCAUCUUCAGCUCUUAGUCCUUUUGGUUCUACUAAUCAAACCAAUCAACCAAUUCAAAAUUUUAAUUAUCCAGCAAACCCACAGCAGCAGCAACAACAGCAGCAGCAGCAGCCACAACAACAACCACCACAACAGCAACAACCACCUCAGGCACAAGCUUAUAACCCUUAUCAACAGGGUCAACCGCAGAUGCCAGGCCAAGUUCCACAUCAGUCUCAAGCAAACCAACAGUUUGGCUACAGCCCUCAAGUAAGCAGUACUUCUGCCACACCGCCCCCAAUGUCUGAAGGUGGAUCAAACCCUUAUGCUAGAGGCCCAGGUUCAACUUAUGGUGGAGGGUAUCCUCGACCAGCUGCUAAAUAUCCCCCAUUAUGAAGACCCGAAAGUGCACAUACUGUGUUAGAAUAACUGUUUCACUGGUACUGUUAAUGCAUUUACCAAACUCUGACUCGGUUCAAAUAAUAACUAAAAAUAACAAAAAUACCGUAACAUUCUCCAACACACCAUUCUAUAACAGUCUUCAAACGGAAUUUGUUUCUAAAAAAAGAAAAGAUAAUUAUAAUAAUAAUAAUAGUUGAUAAAAGAUUGCUAUUGUGUACAAAUAGACAGGUUAUAUUUAUAGCCUAUGUUAAAAGGAAUCAGAAACUCGUAAGAGAUGUUUGUAUUGCAAGUGAUGCUUUAUAUUGUAAAAUAUCUUUUCAAAAAUAUUCAAAUUGGAAUUACUGCAUUAUAUAUGUUAUUGUUCUGAGUUAAAGCCUGUGUAUGUAAAUAGGAUUAUUGCAGCCUUAAAUUUAAAAUACAAACAAUGUUAAUACUGGAUUAAAGCUUGAUUUUAAUUUUAUAUAAUUUUUAUCCAUUUCUUUUUUCAUUUUUUUUUUUGUCUCUAGAAUGAUAUAUUUUGUUCAGUUAAGGCUGUAAAGAUCAAUAAACAGUUGUUGAUGUAUACAUCUUAUUGAGUAUAUUAUUGUAUAAUCUAUUUACCUUAUAAGGAAAAAACUGAAAAAGAAAAAAAAAAAAAGCAAAACAUGUUCAUAAAUGGCACAGUUGACUACUUUAUUUUUUUUUUUUCUUGUGUCUUAUCAAACAGUUUUAAUUUAUUGUAUUUCAGUACAAUCAUUGUUAAGUUUUUGUAUCAGUGAUAAUGGAGUUCUCUUUUACUACUCCUUCUGAAAAGAUGUGUGUGUGGUGGUUAUCAUGUUGAUCACUAAAUUGAAAUGUUUUUAGAAAUAAAAAAUGAAAGCAAAAAUUAAAAAAAAAA